GUAUUGUAAUCUUUAAGAACUAACUUCAGUUCGUGCCGUCAAAAACACGUGGUUAUUUACUCAUUGAUUUCAAUAUUUAUCCAGAAUUGCACAUGUGAUUUAAUUUUAUAUUUUCAAAGAUGUUUUUACAAAGUUUGACAACUUUUAUUAAAAAAAAGAAAAAUUAUGCUGAAAAAUUUGCAUCUUUUGAGAUUAAUAAAGAACCAAACAAAGAUGAAUACAAAAGAAUUUUAGAUAUUUUGUGUGAACUCUUAAUGAAUCCAAAAUCUACAGAAGAUGUUGCUGAAUGUUUUCCACAAUUAUUGCCUAUAUUAAUUUCUACAAGUAUUUCAAUGGAAAAAAUUUCUUUUGAUGAUGGAGAUUCACUUCAUAAAUUAAAUUCUGUCAUUUUAGGAAAAUUACUUUGCAAAAAUCAAGAUCUGUUAAUAUUUGUUCUACAUUAUUUUGAAUUAAAUCCAGCUCCAUUUGAAUCUAUAGAAGUUGAUUAUAGUCCAUCUUCAAAGCGACGUAAUAAACGAAAAAUAAUAUCUUUUAUAGAAGUAUCUGAUUAUGAUUUAGUAACUGCCUGUUAUGAUAUUCUAUGUAGCGCUUCAAUGCAUUUUAAGCAUAUAUGGAAUUGGUCUAAAUUUUAUAAAUAUUUAAUUCAUGAAGAUGAAGGUGUUAGAUGGAUAGCAAUAAAUUGUAUUGCUGUUGUGUUAGGAAUGUCGGAAUCUUGCUAUUUAUCUCAUGCAAAUGAUUUUCUUUCAAAAAUUCAACAAUUCUCUAUUGAAAGUAAAGAAAUUAAUAAAAAUAAUAUAACAUUUGAAGAUACCAAAGAAAUAGAUCAAAUUUUUGAUGUACCUUCAGUAGUAUCUAUUGGAGGAAUAUUACUUCCAGUAUUUAAAAAAUCUAAAUAUAAAAAUGAUUUAAAUCUAGUUCCUGUACCAUCUACACGACAAAAUUUGCAGAACUUAGCUUUUGCAAUAUCUUCAAAUAAUUGUGUAUGUUUACAAGGUGCAGUUGGUUCAGGAAAGACUGCAUUAGUAGAAUUUUUAGCGCAUGCUACUGGUCAUGAUGCACAAAAUUUUGCAAAAGUACAAUUAGGUGAUCAAACAGAUUCUAAAAUGUUAUUGGGAAUGUACAGAUGUACUGAUAUUCCUGGAGAAUUUUUAUGGCAACCAGGGAUAUUGACUGAAGCUGUGUUAUCUGGCAAAUGGCUACUUUUGGAAGAUAUUGAUUGUGCUGCUUCAGAUGUUCUUAGUGUAAUUGGACAACUUGUAGAAACUAAAACAUUAUCAGUUCCUGGUUACAGAGAUUUAAUACACAUAAAAAGUGGAUUUCAAUUGUUUGUUACAAGAAGAUUGAUUUCUGGAGGAACACAAAAAUCACUUCAAAUGCCAAUACAGAAAGAAUGGUCUUGUGUUAAUGUAGAAUCUUUAUCAAAAAAGGAACUUGUGACAAUAGUUCAAACUUUAUUUCCAGUAUUACAUACAGUAGCUACAAGAAUUGUUGAUGUAUUUUUAUUAUUUUCUGUUGGAAAUCAUGAAGAUGAAAUUGAAAUGAAUAAUAUGAAGAAUUCUAGACAAAUCUCUACUAGGGAUUUGAUUAAAUGGUGUUCCAGAGCUAUUAUUGAUUUUGAUGUAUCUUCACCUAGUUCGGCAUUGAAGAUCUUCCAAGAUGCUUUAGAUGUUUUUUGUUGUUCUAUGUCAAAUUCUGUACAACGUUUAAAUUUGGCAAUAGCAGUAGCACAUAAAUUAGGUAUUGUAAAAACAAAAGCUGAAUUUUUUGCUGAAAUACAUAAACCAUCUGUAAAUGUUCACGAAAAAUGUCUCAUUGUUGGUAGAGCAAAGUUAGAAAUAAAAAAAUCUGACAAGGUUAAAUUAGAAUUAAAAAAUUCAAAUUUUUCUUAUACAAGACCAUCUGUUUGUCUUUUAGAACGAAUAGCUAGUUGUAUUAUUCAAAAAGAACCAGUUCUUUUAGUUGGAGAGACUGGAACAGGCAAAACAAGUUGUGUACAAUAUCUUGCGCAAAUAACAGGCCAUAAAUUAAUAGUAAUAAAUAUGAAUCAACAAAGUGAAAGUACAGAUUUACUUGGUGGUUAUAAACCAGUAGAUCUUAAACUUUUGAUCCUUCCAAUUCGUGAAGAAUUUGAAAUUUUAUUUCGAUCAUAUUUUGCAAUUGAACCAAAUCUAAAAUUUUUGAAUCAUAUCGGAUAUUGCUUUGAAGAAAGAAAAUGGAAGACGUUGACUACUUUAAUGAUUCAUAGCACUAAUGCUGCUUUAAGAAGAUUGAGAGCAUCUAUGAAAAAUCAAGAUGAAGUAGAAAUUUUAAAGAAAUGGGAAAAAGUAGCACAGAAAUUAGAAAAACUUCAAUCUCAAGUGCAAAGUCAAUAUUCCUUAGCAUUUUCUUUUGUAGAAGGUAGUUUAAUAAAAGCAUUAAAGAAUGGAGAUUGGGUUUUAUUAGAUGAAAUUAAUUUGGCUACUGCAGAAACAUUGGAAUGUCUUUCUGGUUUAUUGGAAGGAUCUUGUGGAUCUCUAUCUUUAUUAGAGCGUGGAGAUAAAGAACCUAUAAAAAGACAUAAAGAUUUUGCAAUAUUUGCUUGUAUGAAUCCUGCAACAGAUGUUGGUAAAAAAGAUUUGCCAGUAGGAUUGAGAAAUAGAUUUACAGAAUUUUUUGUCGAUGAACUUAUAGAGAAGUCAGAUUUACAACUUUUAAUAAGUUCAUAUUUGAAUGAUUUAAAUCUUCCAUCAGGAAAAAUUGAAAGCAUUGUCAAAUUUUACUUAAAUGUCAGAAAAGAAGCAGAAACUACUCUUCUUGAUGGAACUGGACAUAAACCACAUUAUAGUUUGAGAACUUUGUGUCGUGCUUUAAAUGUAUCUGCACAAAAUCCUUGUGCAAAUGCACUGAGAUCUUUAUAUGAGGCAUUUUGUUUAAGUUUUCUAACACAAUUAGAUAGUAAUUCUUAUCCAAUAGUACUAAAAAUGAUAGUUAAAGCUAUUUUAGGGGAUAAAAAUGCGAGUGCUAUUAUUGGAAUUCCAAUUCCAAGACCACAUGGUUUUGCUGAUAAUUUUAUCUGCUUCGAAGGCUAUUGGAUUCCUAAAGGUGACCUUGAUCCACAAAUUCCAGAAAAUUAUAUUCUUACAGAAACAGUUAAACAAAAUUUAAAGGACUUAGUACGAGUAGUAUCAAUAGGUAAAAUACCUGUACUAUUGCAAGGUGACACUUCUGUUGGAAAAACUAGUUUGAUUACAUAUUUGGCAAAAGCUUCUGGACAUGUCUGUGUUAGAAUUAAUAAUCAUGAACACACUGAUUUGCAAGAAUAUGUUGGUACUUAUAUAGCUGAUUCUACUGGAAAAUUGGUCUUUAAAGAAGGUAUUCUAGUAGAUGCUAUGCGAAAAGGAUAUUGGAUAAUUUUGGAUGAAUUAAAUUUAGCACCUAGCGAUGUUUUAGAAGCUUUGAACCGAGUUCUUGAUGAUAAUAGAGAAUUGUUUAUUCCUGAAACUCAACAAGUUGUAAAAGCACAUAAUAAUUUCAUGUUAUUUGCUACUCAAAAUCCUCCAGGUUUAUAUGGUGGAAGAAAAAUGUUAUCACGUGCAUUUCGAAAUAGAUUUGUUGAGUUACAUUUUGAUGAAAUUCCAUCUAAAGAACUUCAAGUAAUUUUGCAUAAAAGAUGUAAAAUGCCAGAAACGUAUUGUAAACAAGUAAUUAAUGUAAUGACAGAACUUCAAGUACGAAGAAAGAGUACUGCAACUUUUGCUGGAAAAAAGGGUUUUAUAACUCUUAGAGAUUUGUUUCGUUGGGCUGAAAGAUAUCAUCUCGCACCCGAUACUGGAGGCACUUUGUAUGAUUGGAGUCAACAUUUAGCUGAUGAAGGAUAUUUAGUUCUUUCUUCAAAAGUUCGUCAUCCUGAUGAAUGUUUAGAAAUCAUACAAGUGUUAAAGAAACAUUUAAGAAGAGAUGUUGAUCCAGAUACUCUAUUUUCACUUUCCGAAAAAACUUCUACUGUUACUAAACCAAUUUUGGAAUCUCUUUUGUCAAAAAAGAUCCCAGGAUUUGAACAUUUAGUUUGGACAUAUCAAAUGCGUAAAAUGGCAGUACUUCUUUCAAAAGCCUGUGAUUUCAAAGAGCCAAUUCUUCUAAUUGGUGAAACAGGGGGUGGCAAAACUACAGUUUGUCAACUAUUGUCUGUAAUUAGACAACAGGAACUUAGUAUUGUCAAUUGUCAUAUGCAUACAGAAGCUUCAGAUUUUCUUGGAAGUCUUCGUCCAGUUAGAGAACAUGGAGAAAAUCAGAAAUUGUUUGAAUGGGUUGAUGGUCCUUUAGUAAAAUCUAUGAAAACUGGAGGCUUUUUUUUGAUAGAUGAAAUUUCUUUAGCGGAUGAUAGUGUACUUGAGCGAUUGAACUCUCUUUUAGAACCUGAACGUAAACUUUUAAUCGCUGAAAAACCAUCGUCCGAAGAAAAUGCAACAGUCACUGCUCAUGAAAAUUUUAUUUUUGUUGGUACAAUGAAUCCUGGCGGUGAUUACGGUAAAAAAGAACUUUCACCAGCGCUUAGAAAUAGAUUUACGGAAAUUUGGUGCGAAGGUUGUGUUUCAAUGGAUGAUCUUAAAUGCAUUAUAGAACAUAAUUUACACAAAGAAUUCAAGAAAAGUGUUUCUACAGCGAUAAUAGAAUUUAUUAAAUGGUUACAAUCUAUGGAAAUAGGAAAGAAACUUGUUGUUAGUGUCAGAGAUAUACUUACAUGGGUCAAUUUUGUUAAUUGUUGUGAAAAUUUAAAAAUAGGAGAUGCCUUCUUUCAUGGUGCAGCUUUAAGUUAUAUUGAUGGACUUGGAUCUGGUUUGACCGCUGCAGAAAAUUCAACAAAAUUAAAAGAUUUUAAGGAUUCAGCAUUGAAAUUUAUUGAACAGCAAAUACAAAGUACAUUAAAAUCUGAAUUAAUAUUAAAUUAUAAAGAAUUUGAUAUUGAAUACCAUAAGGAUAAAUUUGGAAUUCAUCCAUUUUACGUGAAGAAGGGAAAUGAACAAAUUCCAAGCAAUAUACAAUUUGCUUUUUCAAGUCCAACAACAAAAAUGAAUACUCUAAAAGUUUUACGUGCUUUACAAUUAAGGAAACCAAUCUUAUUGGAAGGUAGUCCAGGAGUUGGCAAAACUAGUUUAGUUUCUGCACUUGCUAGAGCAUCUGGACAUCAUCUUCUUAGAUUAAAUCUAAGUGAUCAAACAGAUAUUUCGGAUUUGUUUGGAGCUGAUUUACCAGUGGAAGGAGGGAAGCCUGGCGAAUUUUCAUGGAAGGAUGGUCCCUUUUUAAGAGCUCUUAAAAAUGGAGAUUGGAUUCUUUUGGAUGAAUUAAAUCUUGCAUCCCAGUCAGUUCUCGAAGGAUUAAAUGCCUGUCUUGAUCAUCGUGGUGAAAUUUAUAUUCCAGAAUUAGGAAUGACUUUUAUUGUAAAAUCAGGAACUCGAUUAUUCGGCUGUCAAAAUCCUCUUCGUCAAGGUGGAGCUAGAAGAGGUCUUCCAAAGUCAUUUUUGAACCGUUUUACACAAGUUUUUAUAGAUGCUCUCGAACAGAGCGAUUUAAAGUUCAUUCUAAAUGUUCAAUUUCCGGAGUUAUCAGAAAAUUUACUCGAUAAGAUGAUACAAUUUAAUGAAGAAUUAAGCUCUCAGAUUGGAAUUACCUGGGGCCAUUCAGGAUCACCUUGGGAAAUGAAUCUUAGAGAUGUUACCAGAUGGUGUGAAAUAAUGAUGGCAAAUUUUAAAUUAAGUAAAAAAAAAAUAUUCAAUCCUGGAAAUGGUGCUCAGUUAAUUUAUAUAAAUAGAAUGAGAACAAAUGAAGAUAAAAAGAAGAUAAUCGACAUAUAUAACAGGAUAUUUUCGCAGAAUGAUUGGCAUUUGCCAGAUCCAGAAUUUCCAAUUUACUUGACAAAAGACAAGAUUUUUUUAGGAGAUGAAGUAUUGGAUCGUAACGAUUCUGCGAUUUAUGAAAACAAUGAUUUACUACUUCUAAGGGAGCAGAAAAUUAUUCUUAAAGGACUUGCACAAUGUGUUAACAUGAAUUGGAUGUCUAUUCUCGUAAGAGGAUCUGGAACUGGGAAAAGUAGUCUCGUUCAUCUUCUCGCAAACUUGACUGGACGGAAGCUCAAAUCGCUUGUCGUAAAUCCUGCAAUGGACACUACGGAAAUUUUGGGUGGCUUCGAGCAGACCGAUUACGAUCGACACUUGGAGGAAUUGUUGGAGCGGGUGGAGGCACUGUUGAUCGGAAUCCUGAGGAAGAAUUUGAGAAAGGAAAAUUUGGAUCAGGUAGCCCACUAUCAUGCCCUCCUGGAGAACGUUCGACAUUUGUCCAAAGAUGGCGAAGGGGAAACAAUGGAAACGACCAUGUCGUCCGAGACGAAGCUGUUCCUACGUAAAACCGAGGAAUUAUCGAGGCUCGUGUCUGCGAUGAAAAGGCUCGAGGUCCACCGCGAGUCGGAAUUACUCGAGAUCGAGAAAAAGCUGGCCGAUCUAUCGAUCGCCGUGAACAAGGACAGAUGCCUGAACGCCGGUGGAAAAUUCGAAUGGGUGGACAGCGUGUUGGUGAAAUGCCUGAGGAACGGCACGUGGUUACUGCUGGACCAGGUGAAUCUCUGCAGCCCGGCAAUUUUGGAUCGAUUGAAUGGGUUGCUGGAACCGAACGGCGCGCUAACGAUCGGCGAGAAGGGUGUCGAUGAGAAUGGGGACGUGUUCACGGUGACACCUCACAAGGACUUUCGCCUGUUCCUCGCUAUGGAUCCACGCCACGGGGAGAUAUCCAGAGCUAUGCGAAACAGAGGCGUAGAAAUUAGCAUACUGACUCCUCAAAAUCACGGGCCCCUCAAUCGAUUAGACGUUGUAUCUUUGUUGAACAACUGCGGGAUCUGGAACUGGGCCCAUCGUAAUUCGAUCCUGGAAAUUCAUCGAUCAUUGUACGACAAUCGGUACAGAUUGAACGAAAUGUUGCAAGUUGCUUCGUUCACCAGCCGACAGAUGUCGAAGGGAUUCUCAUUCGAAAGAUCGUUGAGGAACUCGUGUCGUGAGCUUUGUGGCACGUUCGACGCGGGAUCGAGGCAUCAAGCUUGGGGAAAAAUCGAGGAAAUUUUGUCCGAGAGGAACGAGGAGAACGGAGAACGAGUCCAUUUCUGUUACGAUCUCGACGCUCUCACGUUGAGAUUGCGCGAUCUUCGAACGAACUCGAGGCUGGCGAUCAUCAAGCAGCAAGGAUUCCUUUUGAAGUCUGCCGUGGAAAAGCUCAGGGACGAUCCAAAGAAAAUCGAUCUUAGAGAUUUGUUCGAUGAACCUCCCAUCACAGAUACAAAGGAGUUUUUGAAACAUCUUCUACUCGACUUUUACGAACGUUCUUCCAUAGACGAUCUACCCAUCAGACGAUUAUGGAGCUCGAACAUUUUCUCGAAGAACGAGUUGGACGAAUUGGAAAGAAUGAACGAAUGUUUGGCCAAGAAAGUGGAGAACUCGAAACUUUUAUUCGAAUCCGGUUCGGACGUUCCAUUGUACUUGAUCGAACGUUCCACGCUCGCUAAUAAUUUGUCCAUUAAGCUCUACUUUCAAUCGAUGAUUCUCGAUCACCAAUCGGGAAAAAGUAGAAACGUCACAGACGACGACAAAGAUGUCAUUCGAUUGGAGGAAUAUUCGUCCGCCGUCUCCUCGGGAAGAUUGUCGACCAACUUGAGACACGAGACGUUAAUAUUGAAAUUCGCCGAGGUGACGGAACAGUGUCGAAUUAUCGUGGACACGAUCCUGGAACACGGAGACUUACCGAUAGACGAUAAAACGUAUCUCGAGUUACGGGACGAGUUGAAAUGGUACAAAAGAUUCCGCGAUCAAGGAGCUACGAGAUUAGUGGACAGAUCGCGUGGCACGUUCUUCGAUCUGCGCGAGAUCACCUCCUCGUUGACCGUCCAUUACAAAUGGUUGAUCAAAUCCUUCCGACGAUUGUUCGCCCUCCUCCCUCCCUCCUCCAACCACCACCUCAGCCAACGAUUGUCCGAUUUUUCCACCCAAUUUUUCCACCUCCACAAGGGGGGGGACAAGUAUCGAAAAUUGCGGAAGAAGAUUAAGAACCGCCUCCCCUCCAUCCCUUCCCCCCACCUCUCCCACGAACGAAUCGCGUUCCUCGAGAAACUGAGAUCCGCAUCGAGGAAGUUGGAGAUGAACGAGGAGGAUUCGAUCGACUUGUCCAGGACCAGGCUGAAAAUCGCCUCGAUACGUCACGAGCAGAACUCGACAGCUAGGGAUAGAUUGAUGGGGAUGUGGAUCGAAGAUUGGAGGGGGAACGAUUGCUGCGAGGAGGAGGAGAUCCAUCGAGUGGACGAGAGUAUAUUGGAGUUGAGGGAGUCAGGGGGCGAGGAGAGUUCGACCAGUUCGUGGAGGGAAGGUGUCGAGCUGUGCCCCAUCUACGAGUUCUUCUUCCUAAUUUUCGCGUAUCGCUUUCAAGGAAGGUUGUGGGACCAGUGCUCGAGGGAUCGUCUCGAAGGGGACUUCAAAAGGGGUUGGAAAAUUUGGGAGGAGGGCACGUUGAGGAUAUUCGAGGGGGUGGCGACGAUACCUGCGCGGUUGAUCGCCUUGAUGACGGCCCUGAACGAGGAGGCAACUCUGAAGGAAAGGAAGGUCCCUGCUUUGCUCCACGAGUUGUUCAACGGGGUCGAGGAUUUUACGGGGCGAUCCUUCUCCGCUGGGAACUCGAACGUUUUUCUACGCUGUUUGCGCGAGAACGAGGAGGAGGGCUGUGAUGAUUUCCAGACGAGUCUCGUGAACAAAUCGACGCUUUGCCAUCUCCUCUACGAACUAUUCUUCCCCGGCCGAGGGGAGGGCGCCACUUUCGGGAACCACGAGAGCAGAAACAAAUUGCUACGCACCGUUCUAUGGAGGAACUCCUGCGCCCUCAACUCGGCCGAAUACGACGUGUCCACCAACGACUCCGUCCUCCUACGAUUUUACAUAAACCAUUACCUGUCCGCUGUGAACGAGAUCGUGGACGCGAUCGAGCUGAAUCCGACCGAGGAGGAGGACUUGGCGAAUCGCCUCCUCUCCCCUGUGAACGCGUUGCGAGGCAUCGAGCAAAGAUUGAGAGCCGAGAACGACGCUGCGUGCAGGGGGAAGGGGUGGAUGUUGCUCGGCUGCGUCCAACUGUUCCUCUUCGCCGAUCUCGGAUCCAUCGAUCCGGUUCGAAAGGCGGCGUUGAGAUCGGCAUACCUCGGCGAGAACCUGGCCGAGUUGGACCGCUCCAUCCUGAUCGACCGCCUGCAAUCCACGAUCUUGGGCGAGACCGGCAAACGUUCCUCGAUCGAUCGUUCGAACGAGGCCAGGGAUCGUUUCGAGAACUCGGUCCACCACCCGGUCAGGCCCACCUCGAGGCCGUUCUCCGAUCUGAGGGAGGAGGUGGAGAAUUUCUCGAGCAACGUUGCCUCGCCUCGACCCACGUUCGAACGGAUGGAAAGAUUGAGCGAGUUGGCGACGAAGGAGGAGCAAGCGCGGUCGAGGGAGAGGUUGCACGAGGCGGAGGUCUGGGGCAGGUCGUUGGAAAGGUUCUCGGCGAAGUUGGAGAGGAAGUUUCUCCCCGGCUUCCCGGACCUCGUCUCCCCAAUCCUCUCCGCCGUCUCGAGCCUCCGCCACGGGCUGUCCAUUCUGACAGCCCCCAACCACCCUCCAACCCCCUCUCACGAGCCCUUGCGCUUCCCCGUGGUUGGCAGGUGCCAAGAGGAUUACCUGAACCUGGUUAAGCUGUGCUCCUCGGAUGGGCUGACGGAUGCCGCCUCGAAGAUGGCCAAGAUCGCCCUCAUGGAGCUCGAGAAUUUGUCUCUGGCCGUCAGAAACGGGGGUGAAACGGGUUCUCUGAUGGACGAGCUGGUGAGAAUCCUGCAUGGGGUCAGGGUCGCGUGGAAGGAGCAGGAGAAGCGGAGGGAGGAGGAGGCGAGGGAGAGGGAGAGCCUGUUCAGAAGCAAGGGAGGGAAAAAGCAGGAGGAGGAAGAGGAGGAGGAGGAGGAGUUCAGAGACAUGUUCCCGGACCACGGAUCCCCGUUGCUGAACUCGAUAAGAACGAUAAUCGACAGGGUGUUCGGUUUCCCGAUCGAGUCCCCUUUGUCGAGGUACCUGACAGGCGUGGAAUUGCUGUUGACGAAGGUGAAGCAAUGGGAGGAGAACGCGCGCUACGACGUCAGUUUGGCCGGGUUCGUCGAGUCGCUCGGCGCCAUUGUUCUACGUUGGAGGAGGCUCGAGUUCUCCAGGCGGAAGGACACGUUGCAACUGGUCGCGGACGAGUCGAGGCCAAGCGCCUCGAAAUGGUGGCUCCACCUGUUCGAUUUGACGGAGGAGUACGUGGCGAGCGGGGCCGGGUCGAGGAAGGGGAGAAUUAUAGAAAGUUUGCACCCUUUCUUCACCGAGGCCUGCUUGAUCGAGUUCGAGGACAGGCUGGAGCUGGUCCGUCUCUUCCAUCUCCACCACUCUAGCCUAGGUAAGAAAGACCAGGAGGAGGAGGAGGGCAGGCGAAAGGAGCUGCUCGCCGUGCUGUGGAACGUUCACCUCUACUACGCCCGUUUCGUGGACCAAGUUCGAGGAAGGAUAAAAGCCUCCAAGGAGCCCAUCGCCAGGAGGUUGAGGGACACGAUCAAGAUCGCGAGAUGGGAGGACUCGAGCUACUGGUCGGUGAGGAACACGGCAGACAAGACGAGGAGGACGUUGCACAAGUUCGCCAGGGAGUAUCGUAAAUCUUUGGGGGAGAGCGUAGCCGCUCAUCUGACGUUGAAAACCGACGGUUUUUCCUCCUCUCCCUCUGAAAGGAGGAAAAGGAGGGUGCUCGAGGCUUCCGAUUUCUUGAUCGACCCCGUUCCAGACGCGUGCUCGAUCGAGAUCGGGGCGCGAAAAUUGGCGGGAUUGGCGGGCAAAGCUCGCCGAUACUGCGAACGAGUGAUCUCGAGCCGCGAUUACAGCCGGAUACGAACGGGCGUGGAGGCGUUCGUGGAGGAGUGCCUCGACGAGAGCGAAAGCUUGAGAGAGGCGAGGAUAGGCGACGAGAAGGGAAGGCGAGAUCGAGGUUCGAGGAGCAUCGCGCAGCGGAAGAGGAUGGCGUUGGCGAAUUACUUCAAAACGUUGGCAACCCGUCUAGGCGUCUCGUACAGGGUAGGGGUGCUCGCGUGGAAGAAUCGAAGGGACGAGGUGGUGAAUCUCGCGUGCGCCCCCCUCGAUCUGGCCGAGUUGAUCCAAGAGUUGCAAGGAGACAGGGGAGGGGGCGGAGGGCUGGCCGAGGAAUGGCCCGAUUGCGACAGGUAUUAUUACGGCUCCAUGGUCAAACUGAACUUCCUCGACGGGCUGCUGAACAGCGGCAGGGGGGGGGUGGAGGCGCGGGACGCCGAGCGCUGCCGCGGCCUCUCCGCCCACCUCGCCCUCCUCGCCCACCGCCAGAAGGAGACGAUCGCCAAGUUCCUGGACGCGUUGCUCCCGUUCUGUCUCCAAGUGUCGAACCUUGGCUCGAUGACGAGGGUGGGUGGUCCCUCGAGCGAAAUCCUCGAUCCCUCCAAAGUUUCGCGCAUAUUGGAAUUUUCGCGCGAGAUGGGCAUCCCUGACCUCGUCCAGGCGUUGAGAGGAGGAGGAGAAGGAGAAGAGGGAAGGAGAAUCGUGGAAUUCGCCAGGACGGAAGGCGUCGAGGAUAUCGCCGGAUUGGUGGAGGUUCUGAGGGAGGAGGAGGGGAUAAUUCCCGCGCAGAGGGAAUUUAGGAACGCGGCGAGCAAUUUCCAAGGGUUGUUGGAAGUGUUGCAGAUAUCCGUGAAGGAACCCGAGGAAAGCGUGGUCGAGGAGAAUCUGAUUACCGAGAGGUUGGUGGAAUCGUUGGAGAAGGCCGUUCCGGAGUUGCGUUUGAACACGGUGUCACGAAUGCUAGGAGAAUUGUUGGAAAUUAUUCACGAAUCCGAUGUCGAAUCUGCGAAUCAUCGUGUGAGAUCGCUUUUGCGGUAUCUACCUCUGCUCGAACAAUACGCCCUCCUUCUCCGCUACUAUCUCUACGAGCAAGUGGCAUGCUUCCGUCUCACUUGCAAAUUCCUCUAUCUUCAAUUGAACGUGUUCCUCGAGCUGGCUGCCAACGGUUUCUGCCUACCGAAGGACGAGGACGAGGCUGAGCGCGGGGAGGAGGGGAAGAACGUCGAAGGGGGGAUGGGACUGGCCGAGGGCGAGGGGGGCGAGGAGGAAGGGAAGAAGGAGAUGAGGGAGGAGGAGAAAGGGAUAGAGAUGUCGGAUGAUUUCGAAGGGACGGUGCAGGACAUCGAGGGGCGAAGGGACGAAGAGGAGGAAGAGAAGGACGAGGAGGACGGCGACAUCGAUAAGGAAAUGGGGGAGACCGAUGAAACUGCCGACAAAUUGGACGAAGAGAUUUGGAAGGACGAGGAGGAGGAGGAGGAGGAGCAGGUGGACGAGGAUAAGGAGAAUGAAAAGGAGGAGAGGGGGAGAGGUGAGAAAACUGGGAAAGAGGAAUUGAGCGCGAAGGACGAGGGUAAAGGUAAAGAUGGGGACGAGGAAACGGAGGGUGAAAGGGAGACGGAGGGGGAAGAGAAGAAAGAGAUCAACGAAUUCGAAGAGCCAGAGGUAAACGAGGAUCAGAUAGAUCCGUAUCACGGAAAAAUUAGGCCGGAAAUAGAGCCGGAACCUUUCGAGCUUCCGGAGGAUGUUAAUCUGGACGAGGAAGGGAAGGAAGACAAUCCUGAGGGCGAAGGGGAGGAAGACCCCUUCGACAUCGAUCAGAUGAAGGAGUCGAAAAUUUCGGAAGAAAUGGAGGAGGAGACUGAAGAGAAAGAAGGCUCUGACGAAGAUAAAAGAAAGGAGUCUGGUGAUGAUGAUGAUGAUGAUGAUGAUGACGAGGAGGAAGAAGAUUCAAACUUGGACAAAAGAAAAGAGGAGAAAGUUGAGAAAGAUGAGAAAAAUGAAAACCUGGAGGAAGAGAAAGAAGAUGAGAAGAACGUGGAAGAAGAGAAUACGGAGGAAGAUGUGGCGCCAGCGAGUUUCGACGCGGGUAGCAAAGAGGUGGACGCCUCUCAGGAAGUUGAAUCGAGGAAAGAUGGCUCGAGGGAUGCGGUGGAAAGUCGAUCGAACGAGGAGCAAAUGGAGAUAAAUCCCACGGAAAAUAGCAUGGAGAGUAAAAAGGAUAAAGGAACGGGUCAAUCGCAAACGGAAGAACGCGAGGGACAUUCUGGAUCUAAGCAGGAGGAGAACGUCCCUACUUCCGGCGAAGAGGUAUCUUUGAAACAAGCACCGAAACGAAGAAGACCAGGCCAGAGCGAUGAAAAACGUAGCUUGCCCGAUGACGACGCCCGAUCUUCAGCAAAGAAAUUAAAAACCGCCGAGAUACAUGAUCGAGACACCGAGGAGGAAAGUGAGAAGAAUAAAGGCGGCGGUGAAAGCGAGACUUACGAGCAUAUCAAAAGUUCAGAGAAACACGACGAUUACGCUUUUGAUGCCGCGACCGAGGAACAAAUUAAGAAACAGGCAUCGAACUUGGAAGAUAAAGAGGAUAAAAUGGACGAUCAAUUGGAAGACGAUGACGUUAAAAUGCACGAGGAUCCAGAACCGAACGAUCGAGAGGAAGAAACGAAGAAGGAACAAUCUCAGAAAUUGUCUGAAAGUAAGAAAGAAAAAUCGACGAACGCGAGAGGCGAAAGAGCGGACGACGCGGAGCAGCAAAUCGAGAUAGGGGGUGAAGUUGAAGGGGAAAACGUGGAAACGAUUCGUGUUUUACGAGGGAAUGAAUCUACCAUUCAUACAAAAUUAUCGGAGACAGAGUUGCACGACGUUUCCACGGAUGACAUUGCAAAGAAGAGGUCCGAGAUAGAAAAUAUGUUGGGCCAAUGGUCUCAUGGGCCGUCUUCGAUAGAGGCGGCGAAUGCUUGGAAUUCUAUAAGCGCCAUAACCGAAUCAGCUGCCAGGGAAUUGUCGGAAAAAUUACGUUUGGUAUUGGAACCGACGUUAACUUCUCGAUUGAAAGGCGAUUACAGAACUGGCAAGCGUAUAAACAUGAGAAAAGUGAUCCCGUAUAUAGCCAGUGAAUUUCGUAAAGAUAAAAUUUGGUUGAGGCGUACGAAACCGUCGAAAAGAGAUUAUCAGAUCGUGUUGGCUAUCGAUGAUUCGAGCAGUAUGGCCGACAACCAUUCGAAGGAAUUGGCAUUUGAAUCGCUCUCGUUGAUUGGCAAAGCUAUGACUUAUUUGGAGGUUGGUCAACUCGCUGUUGUCAAUUUCGGGGAACGGGUGAACAUACUUCAUCCUUUCGGGGAAAACUUUACAGAGGAAAGUGGCGCUAGGUUGAUUCAAGAAAUGAAAUUUGAACAGAAAAAGACAAUGAUUGGUCAAUUGCUUGAUUUCACGAUAGAAAUGUUCGCAUCUCAAAGCAGUUCUUCUGACAAUGCCAAAUUGGUUACUAUUUUAUCGGAUGGUAGAGGAAUAUUCUCCGAAGGGAUAGAAACAGUGACUACAGCUGUGAGAAAAGCUAAAUUGUUGAAUAUAUUUCUCGUCUUCAUAAUAGUCGAUAAUCCUCUCAACAAGGAUUCGAUACUUGAUAUUAGGAUGCCAGUUUUUGAUGGUGGUAAAUUAUUAGGUAUACGUUCCUACAUGGAUAACUUUCCAUUUCCAUUUUACAUUAUUCUUAGAGAUUUGAAUAGCUUGCCUGUUGUGUUGAGUGAUGCAUUACGACAAUGGUUUGAAAUUGUAGGUAGAAUUGAUACCUAAAAACAAUAAUAUUUCAAUAUAAAUAGAUUUCUUUUUUUUUAUGUUUUGCAUUUGACUCGAAAUAUAAAAUAUUUCUUUAUUAAA